UUUCAUUCUGCUCUAGUCUUUCAAACGUUAACAUUACCGACGUAAAGCUUUUAUUUAAACAACAAAAGAAAAACAAUGAAGAUUAUUACUCGAUGUUUAUCAAGUCCACCGUCCAUCACAAAAGAUGACUCUGUUAACUCACCACCCGAUAAGUCUUCAAUAGUAUUACCAAAGAACAAACGUUCAAGAAAGAUGAGAGUGUGCCUUAACAUUCCUAGUUUUCAUCCUUACCAAAUUACUAGUAAUAAUCUAAGUUGUAAAUCUACUGAAUUGGGACAGAAUGAUGAGCUAAUCUUACAAAGUCCUACUAAUCCUUUGGAAGAGCAGGACGAAGAUAUCCACCUAGCUCCCGUUGCGGAAAUUUUAAAAUUCCUUUAUAUAGGCAAUGAAAGAGAUGCGGCAAACAAGGACAUAAUUGAUUCGUUGGCCAUUACACACGUCUUGAACGUUACAUCUCAUCUUCCAGAGCAUUUUAAAUCGUCUGGAAUUAUUUAUAAGCGUCUACCGGCAAAUGACAGUUCUCAACAGGAUCUAAUGAAAUAUUUCGAUCAGGCCUUUGAGUUUAUAGGUAAACAGUUUUAUUAACGGUUAAAUAGAGAAUUUUAUUUUUCAAGCCAGUUAGGCCUAGAACACUUUUAUGACAUUAGUGACUCACAAUAACAUAUUUUUCAUUGGUUUCUAGGUUUAUUUUAUAGGUCUGGCUUUUUUAUUAUACUUAUGACUAAGCUAGACCAUCAAUAACCUGUAAUUCUUCUUAUGAAAUUGAAAGUGUUUACAAUCUGCAAAGUAUCAGUUCGAACACGUCCGCGGGCGUAGUUGACCCUUAUUUGCAGUCGUUUGAGUAUAGUGAGAAAUGACUCACACUGCUUUUUCUACAAACUCAUUGAUUGCCGUAGUUUGUCUAGCGUAAACAUAGGCGUACAUUUUUUUUUGUUUCGCUAAAGAAUAAUCGGACAAAAGUGUGGCUGGGGGGAGGAGUAGAGAGAAAUAAGCUCGUAUCUCAUAAAAUUUUUACGCGUACAGAAUCUUUUUAUAGGGGGAGGAGAGAAAGAGAGAGAUGAAGUCAGUAUAGUUUACUAUAAAAAUGGAGGGGGCGGGCGUAAAGGUGUGGGAGGUAAGGGAGUUAACGAUAAAUUCUAUAUUAAUAAUUCCUUUUUUCUAAAAUAACAUUGUAUAUUGUUCUUAUAUACACAAACAAAGACUAUAGAAAAAAGUAGAGUAGUGUCAAAUGGAAUGAAUCAUCCGAAGUUUGUACUUGUACGAAUAUAGAUACACAUGAUUACACACGCAAAGUACGCGUUUCAACGACGCACGUGCGUUACACGUUUUAUAUAUCACUAAUUUAUUAAAUGUCUAUUCUCAUCAUUAUUUAUUAACAGAGACGGCUCGAAAGGAUAACGGCAAGGUCCUAGUCCAUUGUCAAGCAGGCGUUUCUCGCUCGGUAACCGUCACUAUUUCGUACAUAUUGAGGAAGAGCUAUCUAAACGCCUACGAAGGAUAUAAAUUUGUUAAAUCAAAACGUCCAGUCGCCUCACCAAAUUUAAAUUUUAUGGGUCAGCUAAUGAGUUUCGAACAAGCCUUAAAUAAAGGUGAAAUUGAAAGACAACUCGAAGCAGAAUUGAAAUUCGAAGUGCUUGAUAAAAAUUAAAAGGGAACACAUUUUCCGUUGAAUUGGCAAACUUUUUUUUUUAAACAAACAUAAAAAAAAAUCUAAAAAUACUGUGCAGGGAGCUUUUUACAAUUUGUAAUGACAUUAAUUUGUACAAUUAUUAUUUUAUUUGUAUAGAUAUACUCUAUAUACAGUUGUAUAUAUUGCUUAUGUAUAUCUCUUCUUCCUUCUCCUCCGACUAUUUGUUAUUUACUAGAUAAUUGAUAAUAUUUUAGCAUUUUUGGUGCUGCUUGAUAAACUAUCAGAAGCUUAUUCCAUUAUUCGUCUCAUUCAUCAUUUCAUUCGAUUACGUUGUGAAUUAAAACGUUUUGUUGUUAUCCUUUGUUGUUAUUUCAAAUAAGCAUUUAGUAAAAACAAAAAUAAUCUAUUGUAUAUUGUUGUCGUUGUUGUUUUUUUUGUUUUUUCUACUUAAUAUAAAUUAUGACAAUGAAUAUUCUAUUAUUUUCCCU